UUAAACUGACUACGGCACUAAUUAAUAAUAAUGCUAACUACUACCAAAUGGCCGGAUAGAUUCAUCAUUGAUGAAUAGUUAUGGAAAUAAAACCUUGUUUUAAAGCCAUCAACACAAUAUAUUCUAGUUGAAUAACACAUAUAUAUCUGCUCCACGAACUUCACAUUUCGGAUCUUAUAUAUCUUUCUCUUUCAUUACCCUUAUUAAUUCUCUCUACUAACUCCUCUCUCUUUCCCUUAUUACUCUUCAACUAUACAGCUACACAUAAUAUAUACUUUAUAUUUCAUGUCCACGUGAAAAGUUAUUAGCACAAUUCAUUCAUCAACUACUAAAAUUCAUUAUUUAUUCUUUCAGCAUAUUUAUAUCAUAUACUUGUAUUUGAUAAUACAAAUUUAGAAUGGAUAAUAAGGUUUGCUUAACAUGGCCUAAUCACCCGUGGGAAGAUAUUGAUUUACUCAAAGAUGUUUUAAAGCACGCCGACCAACCAACCACAACCAGCAACUGGCUGCCUGCUCCGCCGCCAGCGUUGGAUGAUACCGCCGUAAGUCCGUCAACUGAUGAACCACUAUUCGUCAACUCAUCGUCGUCAACGUCGUCAUCUGAUCAAAGUAAUAAUAAUAAUGAACAAGUUCCGGUGUACCAACAUCAAGUCUCUAAAGUUUAUUCCGGGCCUACACUUGUUGAUAUUGAAAAAGCUCUUUCGAUUACCACGGCUACUUCCCUUCGUAACCAUCUCUCACAUUCCAGUAUUGUGUUAGAGAAAGAGUUGAGCAAAACUGAGAAUAAAUACACCUUAAAAAUCAAAAGCACUAGCUCUGGAAUGGCUGAUGAUGGUUACAAAUGGAGAAAGUAUGGGCAAAAAUUUUUUAAGAACAGCCCUAAUCCAAGAAGCUACUACAAGUGCACAAAUCCAAGAUGUGGGGCAAAGAAGCAAGUAGAGAAGUCUACAGAUGAGCCAGACACACUUAUUAUUACAUACGAAGGUCUUCACCUUCAUUUUGCAUACCCAUACUUUAGCAAUACUCAAAUUGAACAAGCAUAUCCUCCUUUAAAGAAGGCUAAGAAAACAAUGUUAGAUGUUCAUCAACAAGACAUAAAGAAUGAAGUUGUGCCUGAAGCAAAUGGAGAAACAAAGAAUCCACAUCAAAGUUCUAAAGGUCAUUCUCAACAAACGAUUGGGCGAUCUCAAGGUUUGCUUGAAGAUGUUGUGCCUCUACAAGUACGGAACCCGUCGAAUGGAAGCAUGUUUGAUAUUCCUUCUUCUUGUUCUAGUUUUUAUCCUUCGGCGGUUGCCUCAUCCGCUUCUCUUACCUCACCUCCUUAUUUUCCAUUGCUUUAGGGACUUUGUCAAUUGAAGUUUUGCGCUUAAUUUAAGUACUCCAUUUGUAUCUAAAUAAUAGUAAUACAACCUUUCUCUCUAGUUACAAACAAUUCAUAAUUGAGUAGAGUCAUGAAUGAAUUUUAAAGGAUUAGGUUUUUCAUACACACCUUUAAUACAAGGAGUUUACAAUGUUAGUGCGCGCAAUGAAA